GUGAACUGAACGCACCACUGUUGUGAGAGGAGGGAAGCCGAGGGAAAUUUCUUCCACGUCUAUCGAACGCUUCCAGUGAGGGACAAUUACACGGAUAUUGCCAUUUCAAUUGAAGCUUUUAAAGGGAAUACACAUUCGAUUUUCUUAAAGAAAAUAACAGAAUUCAUAGUGGCGGGGUAAGUGUAAAUCCUAUUUACAGGACCUAUUUGUUCAAGGAAGGGAAGAAAAUGGAGUUGGAGGACGGAGUAGUGUACCAGGACGACCCGGGGACAUCAGCUAUGAUGUCGGAGCGGGUAUCGGGCCUGGCCAACUCCAUCUAUCGCGAGUUCGAGAAACUGAUAGGAAAAUACGACGAAGAUGUGGUGAAAGAACUGAUGCCGCUCGUCGUGGCUGUGCUGGAGAACCUGGAUUCGGUGUUCGCGGAAAACCAGGAGCAUGAAGUGGAGCUAGAACUGUUAAAGGAGGACAACGAACAGCUCAUCACGCAGUAUGAACGGGAGAAAGCGCUGAGGAAACACGCAGAGGAGAAGUUCAUGGAGUUUGAGGACAGUCAGGAGCAGGAGAAGAAGGACCUUCAGAACCAUGUGGGCAGAAUGGAGUCCCACUCCCGCCAGCUUGAGCUCAAGAUCAAGAACUAUGCAGACCAAAUCGGCAGGAUGGAAGAGCGAGAGUCUGAGCUGAAGAAGGAGUUCAACUCACUCCAUCAAAGACACACAGAGAUGAUCCAUAACUACAUGGAGCAUGUAGAGAGGAUCAAGCUCCACCAUAUGAGUGUAGUAGAGACUUCAGACUCUGGAACUGUGGGCAGAGUCAGGAAAGAGCGUCCCAUGUCUCUGGGUGUCUUCCCCAUGUCAGGAGGGGGGGCAGUUCUGACCCCUGACCUCCAGGCCAGGUCUGAGACGCCGGGCGCAGAGGCCUGGAGGUUCAACGACCUGGAAAAUCCGCGCUCCAAUGCCAGCCUCAAGUUGGAUGCAGACGACCCCCCAGAGAAAAGGGAUGGUUACAGUACGCUGCAGAUCUCUUGGGGGAAUUCUCUCCCAGACGACUGCAAGGAUGAGCUGUCGGACCUUGGCCCAAAGUCGGUCACUCUCAUGUCCACCACGGCCUCGGACGUCGCCAUGGAGGGGGAGGGGCCAAACAGUAAGAGCAUGGAGUUGCUGGCGGCACUGGGGAACAGGUCAAUAUCAGUGGGUUUGCCAGAGAACGAGGAUAGCUCAGAGGUGCAUGACAUCAUUGAGUCCACCCCUGAACUGGACAUGGACCUCAGUGGAUACAAAGCAUCCAGCACCCCGACCAAAGGAGGCAUUGGCAUUGAGAACAUGGCGUUUGACCGCAACACAGACUCUCUGUUUGCGGAGCUGUCGUCUGCAGGCAUAGGGGACGUCAUCGGAGACGUGGACGAGGGGGCCGACCUGCUGGUGGAGUACUCUGACCUUAGCUUGCUCGGUAUGGGUCGUGAGGUUGAGAACCUGAUCACGGAGAACACACAACUAAUGGAGACAAAGAACGCUCUGAAUGUGGUGAAGAAUGACCUGAUAGCGCGGGUGGAUGAGCUGUCGUGUGAGAAGGAAGUGUUGCAGGGGGAACUAGACGCUGUGACACAGACCAGGAAAAACCUGGAGGAGAAGAACAGAGAGCUGGAGGAGGAGCUCAAGAAAGUGCGUGUGGAGAUGGAGGAGGUGAAAGGGAAGCCAAACGAGGAAGAGGAUAGUGACGUUCCUACAGCCCAGAGGAAGAGGUUCACCAGGGUAGAGAUGGCUAGAGUCCUCAUGGAGAGGAACCAGUACAAGGAGAGACUGAUGGAAUUACAGGAGGCUGUUAGGUGGACAGAGAUGAUCAGAGCCUCCAGAGAAAACCCUUCCCUUACUGAGAAGAAGAAAUCCAGCAUCUGGCAAUUUUUCAGCCGCCUCUUUAGCCCCUCCUCCUCCAGCACGGCAGUGAUGAAGAAGGCGGAGUCCCAGGGGAGGGAGGUGAGGUACACGCCCCCUGCAGGAGGGGGAAUGAAGAAGAGGAGCAGCACCUUCUCCCAGUUCCCCACCGAGAAGUCCAAGGCCUUCGACUUCCUCAACGAGGAAAUGGACCCGUGCGCCUCUCCGUCCCGUAGGGAGCAAAAGAGGGCCCAGUACAGACAGGUCAAAGCCCACAUGCAGAAGGAGGAUGGACAGGUACAGGCCCACGGAUGGAGUCUACCCAGCAAAUCUAAGGUAGUGAACGGGGGCCCAACAGAGAACAAAGAGAAGAAUCUACCUGUGCCAGUCUACCUGAGGCCCCUGGACCAGAAAGAUGCUUCUAUGAAGCUGUGGUGUGCUGCGGGUGUGAACAUGUCAGGAGGGAAGAUCAGAGAGGGAGGGUCCAUGUUGGAAGGACAGAGCAGGAAGGGCUCUGUGAGCAGCCUGGACCAUUUAGAGACAGAGAACAAGGAGCAGGAGAAAGGUGACCAGGAGAAGGAGAAGGAGCUGCACCUGCAGGAUGAGAUGUCCUGCAGGGUGUGGAUCUGUACCAGUACCCACUCCUCUACUAAAGUCAUGGUGCUGGAGGCCAACCAGCCCUCUGACCUGCUGGACAGCUUCUACGCCUGCAACUCACACGUCCUCUGCAUCGCCAGCAUACCAGGUGUGUUGGAGACAGACUACCCUGCAGGGGAGGAGCUACCUGUACCCCAGGACCUGGAGUCUGGGCUAGUUGAUGGCGUGUCAUUGACAGGCAGCGUGGCCAGUCUGGGCUCCGCGGGCAGCGACGGCGCCUUGGCAACGGAAGGGACCACCGCCGUCCUCCAGAUGGCCGGGGCAGGGCUCAAUGACCUCCCGGCCCAGCACAGCUCAGUGGAUCUGUCCAGAGAGCCCAGUCCUGCAGAGGAUGGGGUCCCCACGGCGGAAGAGGCCACAGAGGCUACAGAGGAGGGGGAGGAGAGCCAGGGGCUGGUCGUCAGUCAGCCAGGCAUCUACACAGAACACGUGUUCACAGACCCUCUGGGAGCCGGCCACCAUGAGUCCUCCACUGCAGACACACAGAGGGACCAGGAGGGGGUGGGUGAGGCGUCUCUUCCCGACGACAUGCUCCCUGCUGGAGAGGACGUCCAGAGGAUGAGCAGCGCCCUGCCCACCAUGUGGCUGGGGGCCCAGAACGGAUGUUUGUAUGUGCACUCUUCUGUGGCUCGGUGGAGGAAGUGUCUCCACGCCAUCAAGCUAAAGGACUCCAUCCUCAACAUAGUGCAUGUGAGAGGAAGAGUCCUGGUUGCCUUGGCUGAUGGCACGUUGGCUAUAUUCCACAGAGGCCUGGAGGGACAGUGGGAUCUGACCAACUACCACCUACUAGACCUGGGCCGGCCACACCACUCCAUCCGCUGUAUGACAGUGGUGCAUGACAAGGUGUGGUGUGGCUACAGGAACAAGAUCUACGUCAUCCAACCCAAGGCCAUGAGGAUAGAGAAGUUGUUUGACGCCCACCCCCGGAAGGAGAGUCAGGUGCGUCAGCUGGCCUGGGUGGGAGAUGGGAUCUGGGUAUCCAUCCGCCUGGACUCCACCCUCAGACUGUUCCACGCCCACACCUACCAGCACCUCCAGGACGUCGACAUAGAGCCCUACGUCUCCAAGAUGCUGGGUACGGGUAAACUGGGCUUCUCCUUCGUCAGGAUCACAGCCCUCAUGAUAUCCUGUAGCCGUCUGUGGGUCGGAACAGGAAAUGGUGUCAUCAUCUCCAUCCCGCUGUCAGAAGCUAUAGGUCCUCCUCAGCAUGGAGUCUUACUGAGGGGCCUCAGGGCCAACAAGACAGCGGGUGCAGUGCCAAAUCGCCCUGGCGGUGCCGUGCGGGUGUUCAGUGAGGAGGGCACAGAGAGCACUUUGCCAGGCAGCUACGUGCCCUACUGUUCCAUGGCACAGGCACAGCUGUGUUUCCACGGACACAGAGAUGCAGUCAAGUUCUUUGCAGCCGUCCCAGGUCAGGUGAUCCCGUCCCCCGGACCCGGAGGGGAUUCUGGGUCGGAUGACCCCGCCUCUGAGUCGUCUGACAUGGCGACCUCUGAACCUGCCAAAACCUUCCUGGUCAUGAGUGGAGGAGAAGGCUACAUCGACUUCAGAAUGGGUGAUGAUGUAGGAGAGGUGGAUGGCAGCCUAUCGGAACCCACCAUGAAGCAGGCCACCCCCGCCAAACCAGAACGCAGCCACAUCAUCGUCUGGCAAGUCACUUCUUGCCAGGAGUGAGCCAAUCACAGACUGCCACAUCACUACUCGGUCGCACAACCCCCCCGCAUGCCCCUCCCUUAGGUUUUAAGUUGUUAUUAUUGAUAUUAUUAUUACUACUGUGGAUGACUACAUUGUUGCUAAGGAUUCUUUUAGUGUCUGUUUUAAAUGUAUCCAUGAAUUUGGGGCCUAAUGUUUGCCAGGCAAGGUUAAAGUGAAGCAGUGAAGUCAACUCCUGAUAAGUGCACAUGGGAUAGAUAAGUGCACUCAUUUUAAGUGCAGGGCACUUCACCGGGCCCUUUUCAAACCGUUGUUUUCACUUGCUCCAGAUAUCUGUAGCACAUUCUAGAAGUCGACUGUGGUAUAAAGGCAGCUCAGUGUUUUAAAGUAACUGUCCAGUGAAAAUCUGACUGUUAGAAGUUUGUAUUCUGUUAAUUAACUCAUACUCAAAUAAUAUUGUUGACACUUCAAAUCCCCCACCUCAAACUUGUAUCUCAAACAGAAUGUUUCAAAAAUGCUUCCUAUUUCCUCAUUGAGGAUGAUGUCAUCCUCCUGAGGAGGAUGAGCUGGCCAAUCAGCGGUCUACUCACAUAAAUAUUUUUAAUGACCGGUAUAUGCCCACACCAUUCUGUUGUUGGGGUAAGUCCACACCAUUCUGUUGUUGGGGUAAGUCCACACCAUUCUGUUGUUGGGGUAAGUCCACACCAUUCUGUUGUUGGGGUAAGUCCACACCAUUCUGUUGUUGGGGUAAGUCCACACCAUUCUGUUGUUGGGGUAAGUCCACACCAUUCUGUUGUUGGGGUAAGUCCACACCAUUCUGUUGUUGGGGUAAGUCCACACCAUUCUGUUGUUGGGGUAAGUCCACACCAUUCUGUUGUUGGGGUAAGUCCACACCAUUCUGUUGUUGGGGUAAGUCCACACCAUUCUGUUGUUGGGGUAAGUCCACACCAUUCUGUUGUUGGGGUAAGUCCACACCAUUCUGUUGUUGGGGUAAGUCCACACCAUUCUGUUGUUGGGGUAAGUCCACACCAUUCUGUUGUUGGGGUAAGUCCACACCAUUCUGUUGUUGGGGUAAGUCCACACCAUUCUGUUGUUGGGGUAAGUCCACACCAUUCUGUUGUUGGGGUAAGUCCACACCAUUCUGUUGUUGGGGUAAGUCCACACCAUUCUGUUGUUGGGGUAAGUCCACACCAUUCUGUUGUUGGGGUAAGUCCACACCAUUCUGUUGUUGGGGUAAGUCCACACCAUUCUGUUGUUGGGGUAAGUCCACACCAUUCUGUUGUUGGGGUAAGUCCACACCAUUCUGUUUUUUUUACAUACUUUAAUUUUUAAAACUAGGAAAACUAUUUCACUCAUAUUGUCAUUAAUUAUAGGUCAUAUUUCAUUGAAAUGUGGAAACACUGGACAGUUACUCUAAAGGGACAGACUUAUUUUGCCAGGUUAUUACAUAUGUACUGUACCAUCAUGUGUCGGUGCUACGUACUUCCUAUAGUUCAAUAAGAAUCAAAUCACUUCAUUUUCCUGUGAGGCAAACUUCUUAUAUGAUAUUUACUGCACAUACAACAAUGGCACAGGAUGAACAAAUCAUUCAAAUAACAGUACAGUCAACAAAGAUGAGGAACUGCAUUAUAUUGAUUUAAGAUGACAUUGAAUAAGGGAACAUCAGUAUUGUAUGUUUAGAAACAAGACAAAAGGGAAUGGUUAAGGGGUUUUGCACUGAAUUGAUAUCUGAUGUUGUAAAGUUAUGAUAUGGGACUGUAUGUGUGCGGGUUCACUGUCGCCUUUACCGUGUCGAGCAUUUUAGAUCGUAACCUUUGAACAAAACACAUUUAUUUUUGCUACCUUUGUGGUGUUGGUAAUGUGAGCAAUGUUUGGGCACCUCUGUGUAGAACGGACUGUGAGAUGUAAUGUAGGGCCCUGUUCCAAUACUUUAAAAAGCCUUUCUUAUUUCCUCACUUUCUUGAAGUAAUCGGGGAGAAAAGAUCUAUUUUGAAGUAUUGUAACGGUGUCGAAGUUAGUAUCAGCCUGCAUGGGGAAGUCUUGUACUGUAUCUCCGUCCAAAGGUCUGCCAUUUUGGGUCAAACUCUCUGUUCCGCCAUUUUGGGGAAAUGUGCUCCUGCUGCAAUUUAGGGUCUUCCCUCAUGCUAGAUCUCCCUGGCACUUUUAAACAUAAUGUAGGCCGCUUGAAGUAGAACACCCGUCCGUGGUAAUGUUCACUUAUACUAAAAAUGUGCUAACUAUUUUAGGGGAAAAGGGUGUGACGGACUAUUUAUUUCUGUCAAGGUGUAACCAGUUACCAAAGGACAAAAAAAUGAAGUAUGAAAAGAAUACUAAAUGUCAUUCGUAUCUAACAUUAUCCAUUUGCAUCUUCUCUGGGGGUUUUAAGUAAAGUCAUAAUAGCAAUGAUUUGAUGAUGAAUAUAUAUUUUUUAAGGUUUCAUCUCUGAAAAAUGGUAUAUUUCACAGGGAAUUUAUUCAUGAACGUAAGUGUUUACGUUGCACCUUAAAAAUCAUUGUCCACACAGAACUAAAUUUGCUUUGUGUUUCAUUUGUUUUUGUGUUUUUACAAAUGCAUUCAAAUAACUUUUUUGACUUUUGAUGUUGUGCUCUUUGUACUUGUUGUCUGUGAGACACAUCUGUAUUUUGAUGGUGUCUGUUACCCGAAAGCAGAAAAACCAAUAGACAAGUGUUUCAUUUUUAUAUAUUUGAAGGAAAAAAACUGGGUUGGGAUUGGUUAGGCCUCGGCCUAUUUAUUUUCCAAUUCAGAAGAAAUAACGUUCACAUCGUGUUGUAGCCAUUCCAGUAUUUAUUUUUCUUAUUGAGCCUCGGUGGUUCAGAAUGUAACUUUCUACAUGAAUAAACAUAAUAGGAGAAUAUUCAAAGUGAUCAGUAAUAAUGGUGCCAUAAAAUGAAACCAUGGUCAAUAGAAAAUGGAAAAUACAAAUAUAAGGAUCAACGCUAAACAGUCCUGUAACGUCUGUGGACUGAUCAGGACAACUACACAUUCAUGGUACCAAGCUAUGCAUGUUUUUUUUAAAGAACACUGCUAUGUAUUGUUUGGUUCAAAUCCUUGUUAACUGCCACCGUUUUGGGUGGGUAGAUGUCUGCAUGUGUGUGUGGCUUGCAUUUGAGUGUGUGGGUGUGUGUGUGCGUGCGUGCCUGUGUGUGUGUGUGUGCGUGCGUGCGUGCGUGCCUGUGUGUGUGCAUAUGUGUAUCUCCAGAGGAUGGUCUGUAGUAUGUACCAGGCCUUUCUCUGGGCCCAUAAAGCCGUAUGGCCAUAACUGUGGUUUCUCCUGGUAAAUGUUUGCUAAAACAGCAUCAUAGCCUUAUUUUUAACAAUCUAUUAAACUCAAUUUCAUGGGGAAUUCA